AUGGCGCCCAGAUCGGAGGAUGAGGACGGCAUCGCCAUCCCGCCCGCGCCCAACUGGUACGGCUCCGCGCUCGCCGAUUGGGGCGUGGGGUGCAACGACAUCUACGCGUACGCCGCGCGCAACACGAUCGUCCUCCUUCGACCCAACGGGGGAGGCAAAGGAUCGGCGGUCGGCGACGAACGCCCCGCCGAACCUUCGUCGUCGUCGCGGUCCCCACCCGAUCGCGACGCCUCCUUCGCGGGCACGCUCGUGGGCCACCACAACCGCGUCACCGCGCUCGCCUUUGCGCGAUGCCCCGGGGUGGAGCACCUCCUCCUGUCGGGCUCUGCGGAUAAAACCGUGCGCCUCUGGGACGUCGCCGACGGUCGAUGCGUCAAGAUCCUUCGCGGCCACGCCGUCGACGUCACCGCCCUCGCGACGUCCCAUCGGGUCCCGGACCUGGCCGUGUCCGGAGACAGGAGCGGUAAGUUGCUCGUGUGGAGGUUCGGCGGCGUUAACGGCGCGGACGGGCCGGCGCAAACGCUCGAGCCCCUGGACGCCAGCCCCGCGCUCUGCCUGGCGAUGUCGCCGCACCCACACAGGGACGAGGUGGCUUGCGGGCAUCAGAGCGGCGCCCUGGGCGUGUACGUGCUGUCCGGCGACGGCGCGGUACGGAAGAGGCUGCCGGCGCGGUCGGGUGACGCGCAGGCGUGCGCGUGGAUGCCGUCCAUAACCUCAUCGCGGGAUUCACCAUCCGAGAUGAACCCCGAUUCAACAAAAGAACGCGAUACGGGCGAUCCCCCGAUGGUUUUAGCCGUCGGCAGCCGGGAGAAGGCCGUGACGCUGUGGUCGUGGGACGGCGCGAGGACGAGCCUGAGGAAGACCUUGACGCUCCCGAGGUGCCCGCCGCACCUGUCGGAGGCGCAGCGGGGCAGGCUGUGGCUGUCGCUCGCGUGGUCGGCGAACGACGACGAGGACACAGCCGCGCACGCCGAGGACGCGGCUGGCGCCGAGCCGCCGGCGAAGGCGCCAACGGACGGGCGAACCGUGCACCUGGUCACCGCGAGCCACGGCGGGGACCUGCUUCGAUGGACCCUCGACGUGCACGAGCUGCUCGGGUCCAACGGCGCCGGUCACGUCACCAACGCCCCGGUCGCGAUGGACAAGUUUGGUCCAAACGACAAGGCGCACGCGAGAACCGUGUUCACCAUCCGCGUCAAGCGCGGCGCCGCGGUGACCACGUCGCUGGACAGGAGCGUGAGCGUGUGGGACGUGGGUAGGUGCGAGCGCGUGUGGAGCACGUUCGGCCUCGGCGGGUUUUCCUACCACGUCGGAGUCGAUCCGGAAGAUCCGUUUCGAGCGUCGGUGGCGUGCGGCGACGGCUCGUUGCGGUCGCUGGACCUGCACCACGCGCGAAACGGUGGGAACGUGCUGUGGCGGGGUUUGCCUCAGACCAAGGCGACGUGUGCGGCGUGGUGCCCCCCGGCCGAGGAGGGCGAAGGUCACGGGGGGAGGGUCGCGGUGGGCCUCGAGGACGGGCGGGUUGUCGUCGUGGACGUGGGAAGUCAGGGACGGUACGCGGUGCAGAGGGACUGCCACGCGGGUCCAACCGUCGCGGCGCAGUGGAUCCGAUGCGGGUAUAGCGACGGCGACGGCGGCGGCCACGAGCUUUGGACGCUGGGCGAGGGUAGGCUCUGGAGGUGGCGCUUCCUCGCGCUGCCGGAGGACCGGAGGAAAGGGAAAGGCGCCGGCGACCAGGCCCGGGGCGGGUCCGGCGGAAUCUUCGAGGACGUCACCGACUUACUCGCGGGUACGCGAGUCGAACGCGGCUUCGCGUCUACGUUCGAGUGGCUCGAAUCGCGCGACGACGCGGGGGACGGCGAUUCGUAUUCCGAGCCCUCAUCCCGGCUGGCGGUCGGGUGGAACGACGGCCGCGUGAGCGUGUACCGCCGGAGGAGGAGGGAGACGGGCCGUUCGGACCUCCUCCUUCCGGGGGACGAUCGCGGGUGGUCGUGGACCGAGCUCUGGUCCGCGCGCGAGCACACGAAACGCGUCACCGCCGUCCGCUGGCACCCGCGCGCCGCGGAAGCUGACGACGAGGCGCUCUUCCCCGGGUGGCUCGCCGCGACGUCCAAAGACGGCUCGUUCCUCGUGUACGACGGCGGCGGCGGCGUGGUCCGCUCGCCGCCGUCGUGUCGCCAGGCGCUGAACGACGUCGCGUGGGCGCCGGGAGGCGCGGGAGCCGUCGCGGCAACCGCGGGCCAGGACGGUUUGGUUCGUGUCGUGGACGUGAGCUUCCGACCGAGCCUUCGCGCGGUGAUGCGCGGCCACGACGGGAGCGUGCUGUGCGUGUGCUGGGCCAGGGUGGACGACGCGGGGGGUACCGCGCUCCUGUCGGGGUCGGACGAUCAGACGCUGCGGCGGUGGGAUCCGGACGAUCCGUGCCAUUACCCCUCGGCGAUCGAGGAGAAGGAAAAGGCGGAGAAGGCGGAGGGUACGACGACGACGGUGGCGGAUGCGGAGCCGUCGGCGGCGUCGAAGGAGGGCGGGGGAGAGGAGGGGAAGGACGCUCCGACGCUCCAAGGCCCAAACGCGAAGGACCCGGUCGACGACGGUAAGAGGGCCAAGAAGAAGGCCAAGAAGGCGUCGGGCGGCCGGGGCCUGCUCAAGGCUCCCGCGUGGGAGAGCACGCCGGAGGGCGUCGCCGCCGGUCAGGCCGCCGCCGUCGACCUGGCGCGCCGCCUCCACGGCCGGGGUUCCGCCUCGACCGCCGGGGCGUCCGCAGACGACGACGAGUGCACCUACGGCCCGAGCGGCGUCGGCCUCUACCUCGGCCAGGAGGAGGCCACGCGGCUCCUCGCCCUCGAGGAGCGCGCCUCGCUCGCCGCCGCGGACGGCGGGGGGUACAACGCGAACGUCCCGUACAACUCGUCGUCUUCUUCAUCCGCCGGUGACUCACUCCCGGGCGGUGACUCACCGGGCGCGAGCGGCGGCGCGUUCCGUCCCGCGGAGCGCGCGGCGUGCGCGGCCCUGUUCCGCGGGGACUACGUCGCCGCCGCGAAAAUCAUGCUCGGGUCCGGCGACGGCCCCGUCCCGCCCGAUUUUCUCGCCGCGUGCGUCGGCGGCGGCCGCGACCUCUACGCGUCCGUGGCGCGUGAGCAGGCGGAUCGGCUGGAACGCCGCGGGGAACACCAACGCGCGGCGCUGCUCCACCUGUCUUUGCACGACGUGGUCGCCGCCUUGGGGUCGCUCAGGCGGGGCGGGUUCAUACGCGACGCCGCCGCGCUGGCGGCUGCGAGGUUACACCCCGGGGACGAGACUCUCGUCGCCGUGCGCCGCGAGCUAGCCGCCGCCGAGGAGACCCGGGGCGGGAUGGAGGCGGCGGCGAAGGCUCACCUCGCGGCGGGUCGACCCGCGGCGGCGGUCCGCGCGCUCACCCGGCGGACCUUGGGCGGCGCGAGGGCGGCGGCGGAGGUGGCGUUGACGUGCGGGCUGAGGGGUGAGCCGGAGCGACACGCGGUGUUGAGGGCGGCGGCUGAGUGCGCCGAGAUGGGCGACGUCGAAGGGGCUCGGUCGGUGAUUGGCAGGUGGAGGGAAGGGACGACGGAGGGCGAGGGCGGGGAGUCGGAGGUGGAGGCGGCGGAGGCGGCGAUUGAGACGCUCGUCGUGACGAGGCAAGUGUCGCUGAUAGAUCUUUGA